UGUGUGUGUGUGUGUGUGAGAGUGAGUAUAAAAGGCACUGCAGAUACAGGACAGAACUUUCACUUUCGCUUUAUUCGGCUCUUCUUUCGGAACAGAGACAUGUUCGUCAGCGAUGCUUUUGGGAUGCAGUGAAGUCCAGGAGGGACGCAGUGUGAGGCCGAACCGAGCCCAGUCACUCGACAUUCUCUUGUGUGCACAUGGCCAGGAUGGAGAAGAAAGAGAAUGGUGCAUCACAACAAGCCUCCUGACCCCUCUGCCUCGCCACAAGACGACGUACCAGUCCCCGAGUCCACCGUCGUCCCGGUGGCGCCGACUCCUCAGACCCACUUCCGACCGUUCCGGGACGUGUUAGAGCGUUCCCUGGUGGCCAGCGCGACAUACUUCUUGGGGAACAGUGGAUUUUACUGGGGUCCUCUAGAUGUGGACGAAGCUCACGGUCGCCUGGCGUCUCUCCCAGUGGGGACUUUCCUUAUCCGGGACAGCAUGCAAACGGAUGUAUUCUUCACUCUGAGCUACCGGUCUGCAGAGGGACCCACCAGCGUCCGGGUUCUCCUUAAAGCCAGUGGAUUUGCCCUGGAUGGUAGCAAGCACAUUUUCCCAUGUCUUUUCAAACUGCUGGGGUUUUACAUGGCGUCCCCCAAGAGGAGCCUGAAGCAGCCUUAUCGUGGUUCUUCUCCUCAGAAACUCCAGGAGAUAUGCAGGAGAGCCGUGGUCAAAGCUUACGGCAGAGAGAAGCUCGAGGAACUCCCUGUAAGCACAGUGCUGAAAGAUUUUCUUUUGUCCUAUCCUUUCAGCAUUUGAAAAAAAGAGGACACCUGUAUGUUUAUAUUUUACAGAGGAUCGAUGAGGUACAGUCACUUUCACAAGCACUACGUCAGGUGUUUGUCCUGAUCAUUUGACAUGCCUGCUGUGCAGACAUCAUGGAUAUCAUUUUGUUUAUUUUGUGGUUUUUAUUUUCCCACAACAUAGGAAAUGUAGAUCUACCAAAUAAUGUAAUGUUUUUAACUGUUGUGACAUAUUUUUAUAUAUAUAU